CGGAUCGGCUCGGAUCGGCGGCGUCAACCUAAACAACUACAAAGCCGAAUUUUCUUCUCCUACCUCAAUAAAAUCCCUCGUUUUUUGUUCUCUUCGUCGCCCACCAAAUCUGAACCUCCCCAACCAUGGCCACGAUCUCCAAAUUCUCUAACUCGGCCCUCGCCUCCUUUGCCGCUCCGACGCCGCGAGUUGAUCCCAAGCUCCCUGUCGGAUUCAGAGUCGGCCCGGUUCUGAGUCGCAGUGCUCCCCUCCGCCUCUCUGUUCGAAGAGAUCGUGCCGCUAGAAGUGCUUCGGCUGUGAAGUGCUCAACGCAAGAUGGAAAUGGUGUCCCAUUAAAGAGGACAACGCUCCAUGACCUUUAUGAGCUUCAAGGGCAAUCUCCAUGGUAUGACAAUCUCUGUCGCCCAGUAACAGAUUUGCUGCCGCUAAUUGCCAGUGGAGUUAGAGGUGUUACCAGCAAUCCUACAAUUUUUCAGAAAGCUAUAUCUUCAUCUAAUGCCUAUGAUGAGCAGUUCAGGGAUCUUGUAACAUCAGGGAAGGACACAGAAAGUGCAUACUGGGAGCUUGUUGUAAAGGAUAUUCAAGAUGCUUGCAAACUAUUUGAACACAUUUAUGAUGAAACAGAUGGUGGCGAUGGUUAUGUUUCUGUUGAAGUCUCGCCCAAGCUUGCAAACGACACUAAUGGCACUGUUGAAGCUGCUAAAUGGUUACACAAAGUUGUUGACCGUCCAAAUGUCUACAUCAAGAUUCCAGCCACAGCAGAAUGUGUUCCUUCGGUUCAACAAGUUAUUUCACUUGGUAUAAGUGUUAAUGUGACACUAAUCUUCUCGCUUCCUAGAUACGAAGCAGUCAUUGACGCUUAUUUGGAUGGUCUUGAAUCUUCUGGACUGAGUGACCUGUCUAAGCUUACAAGUGUGGCUUCCUUCUUUGUGAGCCGUGUUGACUCCCUCGUUGAUAAAUUGCUAGAAAAGAUUGGGACACCAGAAGCUCUUAAUCUCCGAGGAAAGGCUGCAGUAGCUCAAGCAACUCUAGCUUAUAAACUAUAUCAGAAGAAGUUUUCCGGUCCCCGGUGGGAAGCUUUAGUGAAGAAGGGUGCCAAAAAGCAGAGACUUUUAUGGGCCUCAACAAGUGUUAAGAAUCCUGCAUAUCCUGACACCCUUUAUGUAGAUCCUCUCAUUGGACCUGAUACGGUGUCAACCAUGCCCGACCAGGCUCUUCAAGCCUUCAUCGACCACGGUGUUGUCUCAAGGACCAUUGAUUCAAAUAUAUCAGAGGCAGAGGGAGUUUACAAUGCGCUAGAGAAGUUGGGAAUCGACUGGAAUGAAGUUGGGGAUCAGCUUGAGGCAGAGGGUGUCGAUUCCUUCAAGAAAAGUUUUGACAGCCUGUUGGUCAGUCUGAAACAGAAGGGUGAUGCUCUGAAGGCUGUAAGUCUUUAGAACAAUGAGGAGCCAAGCGAAGCUCAAUCCAUCGCAGGCAGUGAUCUAAAUAAAGCUGGUCUAGCUAAAUUUGCUUGUAAUUCCUAGUUUAAGUGGAUUUGGUUUCUUCUUUUCUUUGUGAGGACCGUGUGAAUCAAUGUGAUAAUGUGCUUAAUUAGUUUGUGAGUGGUGAAUGCAAUAUAAAAUGUCAGAUGAUUAUGUUGCCUUUGGUUAAUUGCAAUAGCACGAAUAGAACAAUUUCAUUGGAGUAA